AUCGUAACCAGACGUCAGUGGACUGCGGCUGGAGGUAGUGAGUUUGCUAACUAGCUUUUGUUCGAGGUUAGCAGUAGAAGGACUCGAGACGUUAACUGUCACAACAAGAAGCCUAAUAAAAUUACAGCAGACGCACAAGAAAGAGUUACUUGAUUUUGGGAAUGAAAAAGUUUAACACCGAUUGACACCACCUGGUCCUCCAUCACUGUUCCUUGCUGGAAAGAUUUUCUUCACUUUUCUCAACAUGGCAGCUAUGUUUCUACUCUGGCCUUGUCACUGAACUUCAUCUUGGACUACCACCAUGGAGAGAAAACGCAGGAAGAAAUUAUUUUAGCUCCUCAGAACAUUUUCAGUAUGGACUCAAUUUUGGAGCUGCGGACCUGAUAUGGUCAUUUCCCUGAUCCAGGUUUUAGCCUCUCAGUUGCCAUCUGAAACAGCAAUCUAGCUGCCUGAGUUUUACUAGCCUAUAUAGAGCACAAGAUGUGUGCAGUUUCACUACGCAAAAUGCUGCUACCGUCUGUGUGGGUCUCCAUACUUAUGGGGCUGCUUGCAGGGUUCCUGCCUGUCGUAGGGAUGGAGCCAUUGCCAGAGAGUAAAUCUGGUUCUGAUCACACCUCAAGCCUGGAGUCGCCGAGCUUUAAUUAUUCCCAGCUCACUCUCAAACUGGGGUUCUCAUCCAAGGUGGUAGAACAUGAGUACAUAGUGGCAUUCAUUGGGUAUUUCUCAGCCAAAGCCCGCAGCCUGUACAUAAGCAGUGCUCUACGAAACGCAAACGAUGGCGCAUUGGAGUGGCAUAUUGUUCCCAGGGAAAACCCAGCUUCUGACUUCCCCAGUGACUUUGAGCUGGUCCACAUCAGACAAGCUUCAUCCAGCAAUCUGCUGUCGUUGGAGGACCACCCCUACAUCAAGAGAGUCACUCCACAACACAAAGUGUUCCGUUCCCUAAAAUACAUUCCUACACCUGAAACCGCUGUGCCGCGUAACAUCACCCACAGGACGCAGAAAUGGCAAUCAUCACGGACUUUCAGAAGGACCAGUCUGUCACUGUGCUCGACUUUUUGGCAUGCAACCGGGCGCCACUCCAGUCGGCGGCUGCUGCGUGCCAUCCCCCGUCAUGUAGCCCAGAUUUUGCAGGCAGACGUACUGUGGCAGAUGGGACACACAGGUGCUGGUGUGAAGGUGGCCGUGUUUGAUACAGGCCUGAGUGAGAAACACCCCCAUUUCAAGAAUGUAAAGGAAAGGACUAACUGGACCAAUGAGAAGACACUAGAUGAUGGCCUGGGUCAUGGGACAUUUGUAGCUGGAGUGAUAGCCAGUAUGAGAGAGUGUCAGGGUUUUGCCCCUGACUCAGAGCUGCACAUCUUCAGAGUGUUCACUAACAACCAGGUGUCUUACACUUCAUGGUUCCUGGAUGCCUUUAACUAUGCCAUCUUGAAAAAGAUUGAUGUUCUCAACCUCAGCAUUGGUGGCCCCGACUUCAUGGAUCACCCCUUUGUUGAUAAGGUGUGGGAGCUCACUGCUAACAAAGUGAUCAUGAUCUCUGCUAUUGGAAAUGAUGGACCACUGUAUGGAACCCUUAAUAACCCAGCAGACCAAAUGGAUGUAAUUGGAGUCGGUGGGAUCGAUUUUGAGGACAACAUCGCAAGGUUUUCAUCCAGAGGCAUGACCACCUGGGAGCUGCCAGGGGGCUAUGGCAGGGUGAAGCCAGACAUUGUCACUUAUGGUUCUGGUGUUCGGGGGUCAGGGAUGAAGGAAGGAUGCCGGUCUCUGUCCGGCACUAGUGUGGCCUCUCCUGUGGUGGCUGGAGCUGUCACACUUCUGGCCAGCACUGUGCUGAAUCGGAAGUUGGUGAACCCAGCCUCCAUGAAACAGGCUCUGAUUGCCUCGGCCCGCAGGCUGCCAGGGGUCAAUAUGUUUGAGCAGGGCCAUGGGAAACUGGACCUGAUCAGAGCUUACCAGAUCCUUAACAGCUACAGACCUCAGGCCAGUCUUUCUCCUAGCUACAUCGACCUGACAGAGUGUCCAUACAUGUGGCCUUACUGUUCUCAGCCCAUUUACUAUGGAGGAAUGCCCACCAUCGUUAAUGUCACUAUUCUUAAUGGCAUGGCAGUCACCGGCAGGAUUGUGGACAAGCCUAUUUGGCAGCCCUACCUUCCUCAGAAUGGAGACCAUAUCGACGUGGCAGUCUCAUACUCACCAGUGUUAUGGCCGUGGGCUGGCUACCUGGCUGUGUCUAUCUCUGUUGCCAAGAAAGCAGCAUCAUGGGAAGGGAUUGCCCAAGGUCAUGUAGUGGUAACAGUGGCAUCACCGGCAGAGAAUGAUUCUGAAGUGGAAGGAGAACUGACCUCAACAGUGAAACUGCCCAUCAAAGUGAAGAUUGUCCCAACACCUCCACGCAGUAAAAGGGUUCUGUGGGACCAGUACCACAACCUGCGUUACCCCCCAGGCUACUUUCCCAGAGAUAACCUUCGCAUGAAGAAUGACCCACUUGACUGGAAUGGUGACCACAUUCACACAAACUUCAGAGACAUGUACCAGCACCUCAGAAGCAUGGGAUACUUUGUUGAAGUGUUAGGAGCACCAAUCACCUGUUUUGAUGCCAGCCAGUAUGGCACAUUGCUGAUGGUGGACAGCGAGGAGGAGUAUUUUCCUGAAGAGAUCACCAAGCUGAGGAGGGAUAUUGACAAUGGGCUUUCACUUAUCAUCUUCAGCGACUGGUACAACACCUCUGUCAUGAGGAAGGUCAAAUUCUACGAUGAAAACACCAGGCAAUGGUGGAUGCCAGACACAGGAGGCGCUAAUGUGCCUGCACUGAAUGACCUGGUCUCAGUGUGGGGGAUGGCAUUUAGUGAUGGACUAUACGAGGGCGACUUCACUCUAGCAGAUCACGACAUGUACUAUGCCUCGGGCUGUAGUAUAGCUCGUUUCCCAGAAGACGGAAUAGUGAUCGCCAAGAACCUGAAAGACCAAGGUCUGGAAGUGUUAAAACAGGAAACAGCAGUGGUGGAAAGAGUUCCCAUUCUUGGACUGUAUCAAACACCAUCUGAUGGGGGGGGUCGUAUUGUUCUGUACGGUGACUCUAACUGUAUAGACGAUAGCCACAGACAGAAAGAUUGUUUUUGGCUGUUAGACUCUUUGCUUCAGUACACAUCCUACAGUAUGACGCCUCCCAGCCUAAGCCACUCCCACAGUAGGGUGGCAUCUCCCACUGCCAGCGAGCGCCCACUGCCACAGAGAUUAGAGGGUAAUCACCUUUAUCGCUAUUCAAAAGUUUUGGAGGCUCACCUUGGUGACCCAAAGCCCCGCCCCUUACCGGCCUGUCCACAUCUUUCCUGGGCCAAGCCGCAGCCUGUCAAUGAGACAGCACCCAGUAACCUGUGGAAACAUCAGAAGCUUUUGUCUGUGGACCUGGACAAGGUGGUUCUGCCUAAUGUGAGGCCUUAUCGUCCCCAGGUCCGACCUCUAUCCCCUGGGGAGAGUGGGGCCUGGGACAUCCCUGGAGGGAUAAUGCCUGGUCGCUACAACCAAGAAGUGGGCCAAACCAUUCCUGUCUUUGCCUUUUUGGGGGCAAUGGUUGUCCUGUCCUUUUUCGUGGUCCAGCUCACAAAGACCAAGAGCAAACCCAAACGCAGGAAACCCCGCAUUAAACGACCCACUUACCUGCAGCAGCAGCUGACAACAAGUGGGAAAAACCCUACGGUUUGACCAAAAGUGCUGCUUGGACAAGUGGACAACUUGGUGUUGACUCCAUCAUAGAUACCUUGCUUAAAGUGCAGCCACCUGGAACAUGUGGAACACAACAAACGUGCAUUAGCGCAGUGAGGAAGACUUUGGGUGGCGGUUGGACUCCAAGUGUCUUGAAUACUUUAAGUGUUUUCAUGCCAAUUGUUGAUUUGAGGGCUGUCUGUGCUUGUGUGUGUUUACAGAGUUAGGAACUGUUACACAUCAUGUUCAACACACACAAUACAUGCCUCUUUCAGACUGCCAACUUAGAGCUUUCUUGGACCAAAUUGAACUGCCUGACUUUUAUAUUUAUUUAAUUUGGUUGUACCCUGACACACACACACUGACAAGCUAAAAUAGUUGGCAUACCCCGAAACAAACAACUCACACAUACAGUUCUACUCAAAAUUAUUCAAUUGUGUAUGCUAUUUAUUUGCAAGGUUUUUAUUUUCAAGAUUUAAAUAAACCAACAAAACACAGUGCUAAAACAUCUAAUGUUACAUAUGAUCACUUACAAAUUAAAAUGUGUGUGAGAACUGUACAUACUAAGACUAUCCCUAUCCCAAAAACCAUUGGAUGCAUAUGUUAUAUUUCUGUUCUUAAACUUUGUAUAAUAAUAAACUGUGGUUCGUC